GUUCUUGUCUAUAAGAUUGAAUUAUGGCAGACAUCACUUUGACGAGCGAGCAAACAAAAUUUUUAGAAGAAUGUGAAGAGGAAUUUAAAGAUUGUUACACAGAAAAGGAUAGUGCUUUUAUGAAGAUUAAAAUGCAGGAGCCGAAGAAACCGCCAAUUGUGGAUCCCUGGUAUAAUAAACCACGCAGACAUGACUGGUCACGUCAGCAUCAACAUCAAAAUCAUGGUAGACGUAAUCAUCAUUGGGAUCGUCGUAAUAAUGAAAGAAAUGAAAAAUUAGAACGACAUGCUGGUAGACACUUCAUGCAUCAUCGGCAAAAGAUGUAUUAAGACACAGUGACAUAGAUGCAAGCGUGAGGACUUUAAUAACACGUGAAAAUUGAACUUGUAAUUUUUAUUGUUUAUACAUAUUUUUCACCAAGUGACAAAGCAUUUUCAUCUUUCUUUUUAAAGUUUAUAU